AUGGUGGUGCUGUCGCUGAAGAUCGGGGUGGGGAAUGUAGUGAAAACGAUGCAGUUCGAGCCCUCCACCGUGGUGUAUGAUGCCUGUCGCAUCAUCAGAGAAAGAGUUCCAGAGGCACAGCUUGGCCAGCCUAGUGAUUAUGGGCUGUUCCUGUCAGAUGAGGACCCAAAGAAGGGCAUUUGGCUGGAGGCAGGUAAAGCACUGGACUACUACAUGCUUAGGAAUGGGGACACUCUGGAGUACAAGAAGAAACAGAGACCGCUGAAGAUCCGCAUGUUGGAUGGGACUGUUAAAACUGUCAUGGUGGAUGACUCUAAAAUCGUUAGUGACAUGCUAAUGACCAUCUGUGCCAGGAUAGGCAUCACAAACUAUGACGAAUAUUCACUGGUGCGUGACUUGGGAGAGGAGAAGAAAGAAGAAAUCACCGGGACGCUAAAGAGAGACAAGACCCUCCUGAGAGAUGACAAGAAAAUGGAGAAACUUAAACAGAAACUUCAUACAGAUGACGAGUUGAAUUGGCUGGAUCAUGGGCGGACGCUGCGAGAGCAAGGCGUGGAGGAGUCAGAGAUGCUGCUGCUCAGGAGGAAGUUCUUCUACUCCGAUCAGAAUGUGGAUUCCAGAGAUCCUGUACAGCUCAACCUGCUCUACGUGCAGGCCCGUGAUGACAUUCUGAACGGCUCGCACCCCGUCUCCUUUGAUAAGGCCUGCGAGUUUGCUGGAUACCAGUGCCAGAUCCAGUUUGGAGACCACAACGAAUCCAAACACAAACCUGGAUUCCUCGAUUUGAAAGAAUUCCUACCCAAAGAAUACAUCAAGAACAAGGGGGAGAAAAAGAUCUUUCAGGCACAUAAAAACUACCAGAACAUGACAGAGACUGAGGCUAAAGUGAGCUAUGUCAAACUAGCCAGAUCUCUCAAAACAUAUGGUGUGUCCUUCUUCUUAGUCAAGGAAAAAAUGAAAGGAAAAAACAAGCUGGUUCCUCGUUUGUUGGGCAUCACUAAAGAGUGUGUGAUGAGAGUAGAUGAGAAGACAAAAGAGGUGAUUCAGGAAUGGAGUCUGACCAACAUCAAACGCUGGGCAGCUUCUCCAAAGAGCUUCACCUUGGACUUUGGUGAUUAUCAGGAUGGUUACUACUCUGUUCAAACCAAUGAAGGAGAACAGAUCGCACAACUUAUCGCUGGUUACAUCGACAUUAUUCUCAAAAAGAAAAAGAGCAAAGAUCACUUUGGCCUGGAGGAGGAUGAAGAAUCAACCAUGUUGGAGGACUCGGUGUCUCCUAAAAAGUCAACAGUGCUCCAGCAGCAGUUUAAUAAGGUUGGGAAGGUGGAGACGGGUUCUGUGGCUCUACCAGCUAUCAUUCGCUCUGGUGCCGGCGGUCCAGAGAGCUUCCAGAUGGGCUCUAUUCCUCAGGCCAAACAGCACAUCACCAGUGGGCAGAUGCACAGAUGACACAUGCCCCCUCUGACUUCAGCUCAGCAAGCUUUGAAUGGCACCAUUAACUCAAGGAUGCACAUUAGCAAUGCUAAACACGACAGAUCAGAAAUGGAUAAAUUACCAUCUCUGUCUAAUGUUUAGGCUUCUCAGGCCUGGAGAAAGAACAAAAUGUACGAGUCCAAACAUGAGAUUCACUCUCAGGUGGAUGCCAUCACUGCAGGAACUGCAUCCAUGGUCAAUCUGACCGCAGGUGACCCAGCUGAGACGGAUUACACUGCUGUGGGCUGUCCCGUCACCACCAUCUCCUCUAACCUGACGGAGAUGUCAAAGGGUGUGAAGCUGCUGGCGGCAGUCAUGGAGGAUGAGGGAGGAAACGGCCAACAGCUACUAGGUGCUGCCAAGAACCUGGCUUGUGCCGUGUCAGACAUGCUCAAGACUGCCCAACCCUCCAGCACUGAGCCACGUCAAAACCUCUUGCAGGCAGCAGGUAACGUGGGUCAGGCCAGUGGUGAACUCUUGCAGCAGAUCGGAGAAUCGGAUGCAGAUCAGCACUUCCAGGACAUGUUGAUGCAGUUGGCGAAGGCUGUGGCGAAUGCGGCAGCAGCUCUUGUGUUGAAGGCCAAAAAUGUGGCUCAGAAAACAGAAGAUCCGGCCCAACAGAACCGCGUGAUCGCUGCUGCCACCCAGUGCGCGCUCUCCACAUCACAGCUGGUGGCUUGCACGCGGGUUGUGGCUCCCACCAUCAGCUCACCCGUGUGUCAGGAGCAGCUCAUCGAGGCUGGAAAGCUGGUGGCUAAAUCUGUGGAGGGCUGCGUGGAGGCGUCACAGGGGGCGACAAAUGAUGAGCAGCUGCUCAGGCAGGUGGGCGUGGCUGCCACAGGUGUUACUCAAGCUCUUAAUGAGCUGAUGCAGCAUAUAAAACAGUACGCCAGCGGAGGACAGCCUAUUGGACGGCAUGGAGAGGCUACCGACCGCAUCCUGGACGUGACGGACAACAUCUUCAGUUCCAUGGGAGAUGCAGGUGAGAUGGUGCGUCAGGCACGGAUCCUUGCUCAGGCCACAUCAGAUUUAGUUAAUGCGAUAAAAGCUGAUGCUGAGUGUGAGACUGACCUGGAGAACUCCCGCAAAUUGCUGUCUGCAGCCAAACUGCUUGCUGAUGCCACUGCCAGGAUGGUGGAAGCUGCCAAGGGCGCCACCACUAACCCGGACAGCGAGGAGCAGCAGCAGAAGUUGCGUGAAGCUGCAGAGGGUUUGCGCAUGGCCACCAACGCAGCUGCACAAAACACCAUUAAAAAGAGACUUGUCAACAAACUAGAGAAUGCAGCGAAACAGGCCGCUGCGGCCGCCACUCUAACUGUAGCUGCUGCCCAACACGCUGCUUCCUCCAACAAAAACCCUGCUGCUCAGCAAAAACUUGUACAGAGCUGCAAGGUGGUGGCGGAUCAGAUCCCUCAGCUGGUUCAGGGUGUGAGGGGUAGUCAAGCUCAGCCCGACAGUCCCAGUGCCCAGCUUGCACUGAUUGGAGCCAGUCAGAACUUCCUGCAGCCUGGAGCCAAGAUGGUGACUGCAGCCAAAGCCACCGUUCCUACCAUCAGUGACCAGGCAUCUGCCAUGCAGCUCAGUCAGUGCGCCAAAAACCUCGCUAGCACUCUGGCUGAACUCCGCACGGCUGCACAGAAGGCUCAGGACGCAUGUGGUCCUCUGGAGAUUGAUAAUGCUUUGACAAUGGUACGGGGGCUGGAGAGGGACAUGCAAGAGGCCAAAGCUUCAGCCACUGAGGGCAAACUGAAACCCCUGCCUGGAGAAACUUUGGAGAAGUGUUCCCAGGAUUUGGGCUCCUGCACAAAAGCUGUUAGUUCUGCUAUCGCUCAGCUCCUCAGUGAAGCUGCACAAGGCAAUGAGAAUUAUACAGGUAUGGCUGCCCGUGACGUGGCUCAGGCUCUGCGUUCACUGGCUUCAGCUGCUCGUGGUGUGGCGGCCAACACUGAAGACUCUCAGGCCCGUAAUGCCAUGCUGGACUGCACGAGUGAUGUCAUGGACAAAUCUGCCAGCUUCAUCGAGGAGACCAAGAGAGCCAUCGCCAAACCAGGAGACCCCGACAGCCAGCAAAGGCUUGCUCAGGUAGCUAAGGCUGUGUCUCAGGCACUCAAUCGCUCUGUCAACUGUCUGCCGGGUCAGAGAGACGUGGAUAACGCCAUUAGAACUGUUGGAGAAGCCAGCAAGAAACUGCUGUCUGAGAAAUUCCCGGCGACUGGGAAGAGUUUCCAGGAAGCUCAGGGAAAUCUGAAUGAGGCUGCGGCCGGACUGAACCAGUCAGCCAAUGAGCUUGUGCAGGCAUCACGUGGCACCACGCAGGAUCUGGCCAAAGCCUCUGGAAAGUUUGGCCAAGACUUCAAUCACUUCCUGCUGGCUGGCGUUGAAAUGACUGGACAGUCCCAGUCUAAGGAGGAUCAGACUCAAGUGGUCACCAACCUGAAGACCAUCUCCAUGUCCUCCAGCAAACUUCUGCUGGCUGCUAAAGCCCUGUCCACAGACCCCAACUCACCAAACCUUAAAAACCAGCUCGCCGCCGCUGCUCGUGCGGUGACGGACAGCAUCAAUCAGCUGAUCAGCAUGUGUACUCAGCAUCCUCCAGGACGGAAGGAGUGUGAUAAUGCUCUGCGCGAGCUUGAGACAGUUGGAGGAAUGCUGGAGAACCCUACAGAAGCCGUCAAUGAUCUGGGCUACUUUGACUGUAUUGACAGUGUGAUGGAGAGCUCCAAGGUGUUGGGUGAGGCCAUGGCUGGGAUUUCACAUAAUGCCAAGAACAGUAACUUACCAGAGUUUGGAGACUCAGUGAGUUCAGCCUCUAAAGCACUGUGUGGCCUCACUGAGGCGGCUGCUCAGGGUGCGUAUCUUGUGGGCGUGUCUGACCCGAACAGUCAUGCUGGGCAGAAGGGUCUUGUGGACCCCUCUCAUUUCGCCAGAGCCAAACAGUCUAUUCAGAUGGCCUGUCAGAACCUCGUCGACCCGGCCUGCACCCAGUCCCAGGUCCUCUCUGCUGCCACUAUUGUUGCUAAACACACCUCAUCCCUGUGCAAUGCCUGCCGUCUCGCCUCCUCCAAAACAUCCAAUCCUGUUGCUAAGAGACAGUUCGUCCAGAGUGCCAAAGAGGUGGCAAACAGCACCGCCAACCUUGUUAAGUCCAUUAAAGCUCUUGAUGGGGCCUUUAACCAAGAAAACAGGCAGAAGUGUAAGGAAGCCACUGGACCGCUCAUUGAGGCUGUGGAUAAUCUGACCGCCUUUGCUUCAAACCCUGAAUUUGCCAGUGUACCUGCACAGAUCAGUCCAGAGGGUCUGACAGCAAUGGAGCCCAUCGUAGCAGCUGCUAAGAAUAUGUUGGAGAGCUCCACAGGCCUGAUCCAGACUGCCCGCUCACUGGCUGUCAACCCCAAAGACCCACCCAAAUGGUCCGUGCUGGCAGGACACUCCAGAACCGUGUCUGACUCCAUCAAGAAGGUCAUCACCAACAUGAGAGAAAAGGCUCCGGGACAGAGGGAGUGUGAUGAUGCCAUUGAGGUUUUGAAUAACUGCAUUCGUGAGGUGGAUAAAGCUUCACUGGCGGCUAUCAGUCAACAGCUCACACCUAGAGACGACAUCUCACAUGAGGCUCUUCAUGAGCAAAUGGCAGUGUCCGUGCAUGAGAUCAGUAACCUGAUUGAACCGGUGGCCAUCGCAGCUCACUCUGAUGCCUCUCAACUGGGUCACAAGGUGUCGCAGAUGGUCAGCUACUUUGAGCCCCUUAUCAUGGCAGCCAUCGGUACAGCAUCUAAGAUCUUAAAUAGCCAGCAGCAGAUGAGCGUGCUGGAUCAGAACAAGACUCUGACUGAGUCUGCCCUACAGAUGCUCUACACUGCUAAAGAGGCCGGUGGAAACCCCAAGGCUGCUCACACACAGGAGGCUCUGGAGGAGUCAGUUCAGAUGAUGAAGGAAGCGGUGGAUGAUCUUGCUGCGACUCUGGCGGAGGCGGCCAGCGCUGCUGGAGCUGUAGGCGGAAUGGUCAACUCUAUCACUCAAGCCAUCAAUAAAAUGGAGGACAGUCCCAGAUUCGAACCUGAAGGGACGUUUGAAGAUUAUCAGACGACAAUGGUGAAGACGGCCAAAGCCAUCGCUGUCACCAUUCAGGAGAUGGUUACCAAAUCCAACACCAAUCCUGAUGAGCUGGGUGGUUUGGCCUAUCAACUGACCACAGAGUUUGGUGACCUCGCUUCAGAGGCCAGAUGUGCUGCCGUAACUGCAGAGAGUGAUGAGAUUGGCUCUCACAUCAGGAAGCAGGUGACUGAGUUGGGUUACAGCUGCACUUGUCUGGUCAGUAAAGCUGGAGCGCUGCAGUGCAGUCCAAACGACUCCUUCACCAAGAAAGAGCUCAUUGACAGUGCACGGAAAGUUUCAGAGAAGGUGUCUCACGUGUUAGCGUCUCUUCAGGCAGGUAAUCGCGGCACUCAGGCGUGUAUCACUGCUUCCAGUGCCGUGUCGGGCAUCAUCGCUGAUCUGGACACCACCAUCAUGUUUGCCACGGCAGGCUCUCUCAACCGUGAGAACGCAGAGACAUUUGCAGACCACAGAGAGCACAUCUUGAAGACAGCUAAAGUUCUGGUGGAGGACACUAAACUGCUGGUUUCUGGAGCAGGAGCGAGUCAAGAGAAACUUGCUCAGGCAGCGCAGUCUUCAGUCAACACCAUCACCAAACUAGCUGAUGUGGUCAAACUAGGAGCAGCGAGUCUGGGCUCUGAAGACCCAGAGACACAGGUGGUUUUAAUCAAUGCUGUGAAGGAUGUGGCUAAAGCACUGGGUGACCUCAUCAGCGCCACUAAAGCAGCAGCUGGUAAACCACAUGAUGAUCCAGCCAUGUUGCAGCUCAAAAACUCUGCUAAGGUGAUGGUGACUAAUGUGACGUCUCUGCUGAAGACAGUAAAGGCCGUGGAGGAUGAAGCCACUAAAGGCACACGAGCGCUCGAGGCCACUAUAGAGCACAUUAGGCAGGAACUGGCAGUUUUUAACAGUCAGCAUCGUCCACCUAAGACGGCCACUCCAGAGGAGUUCAUCCGCAUGACUAAAGGCAUUACACUGGCUACAGCUAAAGCAGUGGCUGCUGGGAACUCUUGCCGUCAGGAGGACGUUAUUGCCACCGCUAACCUAAGCAGACGAGCCAUUGCUGACAUGCUUCACUCCUGCAAGCAAGCAGCAUUCCACCCGGAGGUGAGUCGUGACGUUCAGUCUCGAGCGCUGCGCUUCGGGUCCGAGUGUGCUACAGGUUACCUGGGUCUACUGGAGCAUGUGUUAGUGAUCAUUCAGAAACCCACUCAUGACCUCAAACAGCAGCUGGCCAACUACUCCAAACGUGUGGCCAGCUCAGUGACGGAGCUCAUACAGGCCGCAGAGGCCAUGAAAGGCACAGAGUGGGUGGACCCUGAAGACCCCACUGUCAUUGCGGAGAACGAACUGCUGGGAGCCGCAGCCGCCAUUGAAGCUGCUGCCAAGAAACUUGAGCAGCUCAAACCUCGAGCCAAACCCAAGGAAGCUGAUGAGAGUCUGAACUUUGAGGAACAGAUUCUAGAAGCAGCUAAAUCCAUCGCUGCCGCCACCAGUGCAUUAGUCAAAGCUGCAUCUGCCGCUCAGAGAGAGCUUGUGGCGCAGGGCAAGGUGGGGGCGAUCCCAGCAAACGCAGUGGAUGAUGGACAGUGGUCUCAGGGUCUCAUUUCAGCUGCCCGAAUGGUGGCGGCAGCUACUAACAACCUGUGUGAGGCAGCUAAUUCUGCAGUUCAGGGUCACGCCAGUGAGGAGAAGCUAAUUUCUUCAGCGAAACAAGUGGCAGCGUCCACCGCUCAGCUGCUGGUGGCCUGUAAGGUGAAGGCUGACCAGGACUCCCAGACCAUGAAGAGACUGCAGGCUGCCGGAAAUGCAGUCAAGAGAGCUUCAGAUAAUCUGGUGAAGGCGGCGCAGAAGGCUGCAUUUGAGGCUCACGAUGAUCAGACUGUGAUGGUGAAGAGCAAGAUGGUGGGCGGCAUCGCUCAGAUCAUUGCUGCUCAGGAGGAGAUGCUAAGGAAGGAGAGAGAGCUGGAUGAAGCCCGGAAAAAGCUGGCCAUGAUCCGACAGCAACAGUACAAGUUCCUGCCAUCAGAGCUGAGAGAAGACGGACAGGAUCAGUGAGACACAACAGAGACUAAACAAGCGUUUCUUCAUGGAUUCAUGAGCUACACGGUUAACGGAAAGACAAAUUAAAGAUAUGCAAUGAGGACAAAGUGAACAAUGUAUCAGGAUGUCUAUUUUAAAAGUAUUUUGUUUAUUUCUGUCACUUUUAUGAGUAUUGCCUUGGUGUGAUUUAGCUUUAUUGUUUUGGAUUUGUUAUAUUUGAACAAUGUGCCACACAUGCAAGUCAUUUUUAAUUGCUUCUAAUUGAGCUAUAUGUUUUUUUUUUCUGUACUAGAUAGUUUUGAUCAGCAGUAUUUUUGACAACUUUUCUUCCUUUUUCCUAAUUUUUUGUGGCAAUUUGGACCAGUGGUAAUGAUCAUCUUUGCGUUGAAACAAUUCAUAGAGAGAAAACGAAUCUUUUUCUAAAGAAUAAUAAAGCUUUGACAAAUGAUAUCUCCUAUUAUAUUUUAUUUGCAAUUUAUUACAAUGUUUAUCAAUGUUUGUUACCAUUUUAUUGUACUGGCAUUUCUUUCGAAAUUAUAUCUAUUAUAAAGCAAAAAAGCCAUAUUUCUAUUUUGUUGUUUUGUUUUUUUUUCAUAAAAUUCCCAUCCAGAUGUAGACAAUAUUAGGUCUCAUCAAAUAAUUGUAUGUAACGUAUGAAUUGGUUAUUACAAUUGUGUUAAUCGAAGAAUAAUCGGAGUGAUUAUAGAGAACAUAAUUGAGACUGUUAUUAAUGGCUCAAAUGAAUAAACAGCUUGAGUUUUCGCCAUAACCGCCUUUCCUGUUGCAUUAAGUGCAUUCUGAAGCACCUGCCUCUAUCUUUGAUAAUUGUGUUUUUAACUGUUAACAGUUCUCACCUGAAAUAUGCAAACAUACUUAGUCAUCUGUUUAACUAAAAACUCAUAAAUUCGCUGUUUUCCAAAGAUAUCAUGUUGCAUUUGUGUGUUUGUUUUUAAGAUGCAGAGGUGCUGGUGAUGAACAUUGCCAUUUUCUAUACCAAAAAGACCGGUAACAAUUAAGUCAAGAGUUCAACAGUUAAAUCAUUAGGGAUUUUUGCAUAGCAUUGCCAUUACCAAAGCAGCUUUUAUAAAGAAUAGUGUCUUACAAACUCUCUUGUGAACAAGCCAAAGGUGACCAUGUCAGGGUAGCCCAUCUCCUCUGGUCAGCAUGCAUUUUAACUAAAUUAUAUAACUACAAAUGUUUUAGGCCAGAUGUAAUCCAGAUCUAGCGUAUUCUUAUAAUAUUGACUCAUUCGUUUUUUGUUCAAUUCAUUUUAAUAAUUACGAUGUGUAUGAUGCCAUUACG